CGGUACAGAAACGCAGAAUCCAUUAGGCUGGAAAAGCAACCUGUGACCGAACACCAGACGGUGGCACUGAGUGACACGUUCAGUCUUUUCUUAAACACCUCCAGGGACGGUGACACCACCACCUCCCUGGGCAGCCCGUUUCGGCGUCUAGUCACCCCAAACUGCCCCUAGUGUAGUUCUGGACUAUGUCCUCUUGUCCUGCCACUGGCUGCCUGGGACAAGGGACCAAUUCCCAUCCCCUACCCCCUCCUUUCGGGCAGUUGUACAGAGUGACAAGGUCACUGAGGACCCUUUUCCCCAGGCUAAACAACCCCAGCUCCCUCAGCUGCUCCUCACAGUGCUUGUGUUCCAGACCCCUCACCAGCCUUGCUGCCCUUCUCUGGACACAUUCCAGCAGCUCAAAAUCCUUCCUAAACUGGGGGGGCCCCGAACUGGACACAACACUCGAGGUGUGGCCUCACCGGUGCCAAGUACAGGGGGAUGACCCCUUGCCUGGUCCUGCUGAACACACGGCUGCUGAUCCAGGCCAGGAUGGCAUUGGCCUCCCCGGCCAAGCGGGCACCCUGCUGCCUCACGUUCAGCCAGUGUGGAGCAGCACCCCGGGUCUCUCUGCCCUGGGCCACUCCCAGCCUGGGCUUGCAGAGGCCCGGUGCAGGAGGCGACCCUCGGUCACACCGGGGCUCCCUCCAGCCCCGGGCGGGCAGGCGGUGCCGCGCCGCUCCCCGCCCCGGCCCGGGGGCAGUGCCCUCCCGGGGCUGGGCUCCGCCGCCCCCGCCGCCCGCCGGGCCCCGCCCCGGCCCGCCCCCCUCAGCCCGGCCUUAGCGGCGGCGGCGCGGCCUCCGCUCACUGCGCGGCACGGCGGCAUGGCGGCGGCGGCGGAGCGCGGCCGCGAUGGCAGCUGCCACUUCCAGCGCUCCCGGCUCAUCUGGAUGGUCGCCAUCAUCUUCGGCAUGAUCCUCCUCGGCUGGGUAACGCUUUGGCCUUCAACUAUACCUUAUAGUUACUUGGGAUUAUUUGGUACCUUCCUUAAUUAUUUGGUGGAACACCACCACAAAUGGGUAUGCUACGGGUUCUGGGUAUCCUGGUUGAUUCACAUAGUGGAAGCCCUCUACGGUAUUAAGUUAUGCCAAGCUAAAGGAAUCACCGACCCGGCUGUUCAGUUUCAGUGGUUUGUUCAGACCCUGUUAUUUGGAUAUGCUUCCUUCGGUCUCCUGGUGUCUUACAAGCCUGCAGACAAGAAGCAGUACUAGAAGACAAUGAAAGAAGUCACUUCUCACAUACUUGAUCUCAUUUUUCUGAAAAGACCCCCACAUAUGUAUCUAGGUGCUGAAAUUAGCUAAAUUACAUUCCUGCUGCAUGAUGCAGUGCCCUUCUACCCAAGCAACUCUCCUCUUACUAAGCAACACAACUAAAAUUCACAGGGCCCUGUGGAUAGUUCAGUAGAAAAUCAUAACUUCAGUCUUGGCACUGACAAAUUUUAAUCCUGUUUGUUAGGCAAGAAGCCAAAAGUUGCUCCUCUGCAGAUUUUGACAUGUAUACUCUGUCACUGAGAGCUGGUAGCAGUGGUUGAUAAAUUACCUUUUCAUGAGGAGAAUUGUUCUUCUGCAACAGGGAGGGUUAUUUACAUCCACAAGGCAGCUUGCAUCUGUUUUGUAAUAGGAUUGAAAUUUACCUAUAUUUUCUCUAUGGGACUGACAUUGUUGUGAAAGCCUGCUCUUUGCACUUUGUUUUGUCUGCUUACUUUGUUCCCCAGAGGACAGACCACUGUACUGCUGCAGGCACAUUGAAAAGACCAGGUCUCAGCUCAGGCUGAGGUACAGUGAGCUUGGAUACAUGAAGCACUUUAACUUGGUUUAAUACAAGUGCCUUAAAAUUCAUGCAGCAUGACCUCAUCUUUGUAAUGAAGAUUUUAAGUUAUGAGUUAUUAUAGUAUAAAGUAGUUUUGAAGGCAGCUUUUUUGAGGAGUGAUUUAUUAUCCAAAGGAAAAAAAAUCAUUCAAAAAUCUAGCUGAGAAAUUGAUAUUUGGGAAUGAAAUUAGAUGUAAUGAAUAAAUAUACUACUGAUUCCCAGCUGCUGGUCUUCUGAAACCUAAGGUUGAGAGACCACCAUAAGCACACCUCAAGAGUAUUUCCUGUAUGUGUAGUGAGUCUUCCAUCAGACUGUCUUUUAAAUAUUUGAACAAGAAUUUAGCCUGUGUAGUUUUAGCACUUUUAAAAGGAAUAACUAUUUAAAGUACUAACUCUGGUGUGGGGAGAAGUUUUAUCAUGCCAUUUGCCAUGGUACUGUUCUGGAAGAAAGGGUAAGAAAAGGUUGUUCUUUAAGGGCUCCACAAGGUGGUAACAAAUAACUUCGUGCCUUGUGCAGUACCUGCAGGCUGUAACACUUUGAUGUGGGAAGCCUUAUUCAAGCACAGAUACAUAAAGUUUUUGCUUUCGGUGGGUACUAAAAGCAUGAAGAACUGAAGGGUUUUGAAAUGGUCUGUUUGUAGUUUGGGUUUUGUUGUUUAAUGGCAAACUGUUAAACAUUUUAUAGAGAAGUAGAAACUCAUUUAGCGGCUAGAAAUCCAACAGGAAUGUCAAGAGCCUGAGCUACAUUUUACUGUGUAACCUUUUGUCUUAGUCUGUGACCCUGGAAUAAAGAUUUUUAAAAAGUGAAGAA